AUGAGACCUAGACAAAGUUUCAGGCCAAGAGAAGAAUCAUCGUUUCAAUCCCAGGAUGCUCAAAAUGAACUGGCAUCUUGUAAACAUGAGCUUGAAUUGCAAAAAGAAAAGAUGAAACAAGAACUUGUUAAAGAGAGAGAAGAAUAUGAGAAAACCAUUGAGAGUUUAGAGCAACUUAAUAAGAAACAAGAGAAACAUUUCCAUCAAUUAUUGCAACAAACACAAGAAAAACAUAUUAAGAACCUUAAUAAUUUACAAAAUAAAUUAAACGAUAAGGGAAACGGCUUAAGUGAAUUAGAAAAAGAAAAUGCUAAACUUAGAGAAGAAGCCUCUAAAUAUCAAUCAGCACUUGGUGUAGCGACAAAUACUCGGCUUGAUGAUGAUGAUCAAAAUCAUUCGGUUAAAUUCAAACGAGACAUCUUGCAAUUACAGCAAUCUUUGGAAAAUUAUGUAACUCAUUUGAAACCAAAUAUUGAUAUUGAUAUUGAAAAAGUACGAAUACUUGCGCAAGAAUAUGGUUGUUUAAAUGAAAUUAACGUCGAAAAUCCAAAUAAGCCCUUUAUUAAGGCCAUUUUACAACGCAAAGUAUUAGAUCAAGUGCAAUUUCUUUCUUAUAUAUUAUCUAAUUAUCGAGGUUCAGAUUUCUCACGUGAAUUGGAUAUAGAUAUAAAAACAAAAGAACUGAUGAGAUUAAUCAAUUCUCUCUCUAAGCAUCGCGAUGGUACUGACAAAGUUAUUGAUGCGGCAGCAAUAAAAAUUCGUCAAGAAGUUUAUGGAAUUCUUGGUAAUCGCGGAUACAAUGAUAUGAUUGAUUUCGAUGUUGAUGGAACUUCUACAACUCGUAGGCAUUGUCAAAUAAGUUAUGCUAGCAUAGAACUUAAUAAAAUGAUGAAUCAAUAUCGAAAAAUCAAUGAUGUUGAUAAAAAAAAGAAAGUUGAAGCAAUGGCACCAAAACUUGUUCAAGAUAUUUACAAAUUAUUAUGGUUUCGUUUAAGUGUUCAAGAACCGGUAGCGGAACUACAUUUCUUUCGUAAGGAUACCAAAAUUGAUUCAAAUUUGAUGAACGGAAUUUGGGAAGAUGAUGGUGAUGUUAAUCAAUUAAGUGUAGCUAUUUGUUAUUUUCCUCUUGUUGGGCGAGAUUUGGAGUCUUCAAACAGAAAAGUAUAUACAGCUGCAAAAGUGUUUCCACGAGCUAUAAUUAGUUCAAAUGAGAUUAACGAAGAAAGCGAAGAAAGCAGAUGA